AUGGAUCUCAUGAAAAGUGCUGGCCGCUAUACGCGGACCGCCUGCUUCCCCUGCCGCCACAGCAAGAGACGCUGCGACAAGUCUCUACCGGCAUGCCAGCUAUGUAUUCGGAAAGGGGUCGAAUGCAGCUAUCCAACUCGCCGAGCCCAGAAAUAUGUUGUGCUGCCGCAAUCCAGCGAGACGGUCCAAACCACUGCGCCUACGAGAGAUAACUCGACAACCAGUGGAGUAGCUCGCAGCAGUGAGUCGGCUUCACUGGAGCGACAAGGAUCCUUGGAAGCCUCACAUGCAACGGACAUUGUCCAGUCGUUUGCUACGGCUACGGCUAUCCAGUUUAUUGCACCAAGGAUCUUUCGCGACGCACACUUGGAGAUUCCACGGAUUAACAUUGCCAUUCCCAAGGAUGUUGCUGCUCACGUUGGGGAUUUGGGACAGCUUCAUGAUAUUUACGCCACGUUUUCUUCGCAAGCUGUCAUAUGGACGCCGGUAAUCUUCCGGAAGAGGUUUUUCAAUAUUGCGCUCAACCCACUAUCUCCACGACGGACUGAAGGCGUCUUGAUGUGCUUGUGUAUGAAACUGUACUGCACACCCGCGCCCUCAUACGAGGACGACGGGAAAAGGACGCUUUACAAGAUAGUCAAGGAGUUCUACGCUGAAGUGGAAGCCACUGGAAUCAUGUCUGUUUGUAUUUUGCAGUCGGCUCUGCUGAUUGCUGUCUACGAGAUUGGCAAUGCAAUCUACCCUGCCGCAUAUAUGACCGUUGGAAACUGUGCUCGGUACGGUGUCGCUUUAGGUCUGGAUAAGUUGAUGGUCAGCUUGACAGGAGAAGGUAACUUGGGCAAGCCUUGGAUGGAAAUAGAAGAAAUGAGACGAGUUUGGUGGGGAAUACUCAUAUUAGAUCGGUUUCUCAACCUUGGAAACCCUUCGAGGUGCCUAACAACGAAAGAUCCAGCGUAUGAUGAUUACCUCCCAGUGGAUGAUUGGAUAUUUUUGGACGCCACAGCAAGACCCCAAGACAACAUCAAAAUAUCUGCCGCAUUUACUCUCAGGAUGGGCCCAUUCGCCAUAUUAGCCCAAGCCACGUACUUGGUAAACCAGGCUCUCAAUCUUGUAUCGCCUCUUCCUACACAAGAUCAGCAAGUGGAUUCAUUCGAUGUUGGAAAGGAAAGUGCACAGCUACGCCGCACAAUUGAGGCACUAGUCUAUCUAACCAAGACGGAAUUCGACUUUCGCGACUUGGUAACUUGCUGCCAAGCUGCAAUUUCGUAUUGUGCCAUACUGUUGCUCCAAGAGCACCACUGGCAGCGAGUGCGCAUUAGCUCAACCGAAGAGGCGUGCUUUCAUCUGUUUGCAGAGUCUCGGCAUACACUUGAGAUCGUGACGAAGAUGGCGACUUCUAUGCGGAAGGAUGCACAAGAGGGAAGAACCUUGGAUGAGGAAUUUCCAGUGUUUCUCACGCAAGUCAUUUAUCAGGCAGCGCUGGCGACCAUUGAAAUGGGCCAAGGAAAUCCGGAUGAGCAGCUCAGGGAAAGACUUGAAACAUUCAAGUGGCUACUUGAACACAUGCGGCCGAAGUGGCGGGUAGCAGGUAUAUAUUUAUCCAUUCUGCAGUCCAAAGAGGUCAUGCUUGCUGCUGCUCUUUAG